AUGAGCAUAACCAAGCUGAACGUCGUCGUCGACCUUGGCGGCCGUUCGUACAGCUGGACCAUCCCUACCGACUACGACAGCGGUCCCACCAUCGCCCCAGCUGUUGUCUUGAGCACACGAAGCGUGGACUGGACAGUUGAUGGCCUGGAAUCCGUCUUAUCGGCGUUUGACAAAGCCGAUGAUGUGUUCCAACCUGCUUUCGCCCAGGGAGGCCUUCUUAUCGCUCGCUUAGACGGAGCCGAGACGCUAACUCCAACGCUACACAAGUCAUCAACACGGUUCCUCGAAGAAAAGUCUAGCACCCUGAUUUUUGUCACAGCCCAAGCGGACGAACUCCCAGAUGGUCCAUACUUCGUCCAGGGUCGUAUACUUCACCGCGCUUGGAGGCUAUACCCCGACGAAAACCUCGCUUUUACGCUUGCUUUAGCCCCAUCAUGGGAGCCCCUCAAGGCUGGCGCUUAUUCAGGGCUAUAUCCCGUGGCCGCAGUCCCCUCAAGACUAUAUUAUCCUCCGAGCACAAAGAAGCCCCUCAACGGUCUCAGGAUCACUGUCAAAGACAACUAUCAUCUUUCCGGCGUUCACACAACGCUAGGUAGCGGGUCCUAUGCCCAACUCUAUGGCCCACAGACCCAGACCUCUGAACUUGUCAAACGCCUUUGUAUCGAUUAUUUUCCGCCCUGGAAUCCCCGCGGAGACGGGUACCAAGGACCAUCGGGAAGCUCGAGUGGUGCAUGCGCUUCAGUCGCGAGCUACCCCUGGGUGGAUGUGGCUUUGGGGACAGAUACUACUAGAAGUAUCAGGAUGCCAGCAGCAUCAUACGGGCUUUGGGGCCUUCGAGCUCCCCACUCGCGGUUUCCCCUGGAGGGGGUCAUGCCGAGCGUCCCGGCCUUUGAUACUCUCGGAGUUCUCGCCCGGAGUCCUCACAACCUUCGGAAGAUCAUCCACUCAGAUUCGGCUUCAACGGGCGACCGGAAGCUGGCAGGUGAGAGCCCAAGUAAGACCGUCGUCGACAAGAACUGCAGGCGACCGGGGAAGAUUAUCGUCCCUACAGAUUGGUUUCCCAUGAGAAAUGAAGGCCAACAGAAAAUGGUGUCUCAAUUUCUUGAGGCGGUUGAGAAAAGACUCGGGUGUAACGCGCUGCAUCUGUCGUUCGAGGAUCACUGGUCCAAAACCGGCCCCGAAGAUCUGAAAUCCACACCGCUACAGGAGUAUCUGGGCAUGGUCAGUCACCCUCCAUCCCAUUCCAAUCACCCCACAGCCCCCAAAUGUAUGACGACCGACAGAAGCAAGUCUAUUUAUUGGCCCAACUACUACGAUGGGUAUCAUACGUACGACAAGUUCCGAGACGGCUUUCAGGCGAAAUUCGGACAUCCCCCUUAUGCGAGCCCCUUCAUGACCCGCCGGUGGGGCCUGGCAACCAAUAUCACCCAGGAACAGAGGGAACAGGGCCUCGCCGAGCUCGGGGUCUACUACACCUGGGUCCGGGGCCACAUUCUGAAACCAGACACAGAGUACAACUUUGUUCUCCUUCCCCUCGGGCGACCGGGGGCUAACUAUCGCGAUAUCGUUCCUACACCAGGAGGCGAACUCUCGGAAUCCGCGUACGAUCCCGUCGACUUUGCUACGGUCCUCGGCCUUCCCCAACUUGUGAUCCCAAUCAGCCAGAAUCCUUACGAGUCGCGAGUUUCGAAGAGAACUGAAUAUGCCCCCAUCGUGGCCUCUUUAGCAGGCCCUCGCGGCAGCGAUGACGAUCUUCUUCAGUUAGCUAUUGGGGCCCUCGGUGAGGCCCACUGGCCCCUCGAGGUGUUGGCCGGUAAGACGGCAUUCCGGCCUGGUGAGGAUAAUGAUCGACAUGUUGGUCCGAGUGGGUAA